AUGAGUCCUUCACCAGGAGACCAUCCUGGUCGGACCAUUCCUGAAUGGAUGGACACGGAAAACCUGCAAGGAAGGCUUUACUAUAUGUUCCUUCGCGCUAAACCUGGUCACACACUCCCCAAGAACCCUUUCGUUAUUGGGAGAUCAGUUGAAGAAUAUGCCGGAAAGGUGGAGGGAGGUUUCUAUGAAAAGCGAAAGUCAUGGUACGUGGUAAAAAUACGGAGUAAAGAUCAAGGUAGGAAACUUUUCACUCUUACUGCUUUGAAAGAUGGUACGCCAAUUGAAAUUGGUCGCCAUCCGGAGCUUAACACGCGGAAAUUUGUCGUUUUUUGCAACGAAGUAGAAGACAUGACCGACAAACAACUAGAGGAAGAGCUUGCUUCUCAAAAGAUAACGAAUGUCCGUCGCAUUACAAAAAAAAUUGCCGGUAAAAUUGUUAACACUCCAACUCUAGUGUUAACAAUUAACUGUACCGUGAUACCUGAGUUCAUCAAUUUUGGUUUACUCAGGGUCAGAACUAGACCGUACUAUCCGCAACCGAUGCUGUGCCGUCGGUGUUUAACUUACGGCCACCCAAAAAUACGAUGCCAGAACGAAAUAGCUUGCAACAUUUGUUCCUCUAACCACGAAAGCCAAAAUUGCACAUCGAAAGUAAAAUUCUGUCAGAACUGCAAACAAAACCAUUCGCCGACUGAUAGGGCUUGCCCUAUAUGGAUGUUUGAAUCUGCAGCACUUAAGCUUAAGACCGAACAAAAGAUAACAUUAACAGCCGCACGCAAGCAAAUCGAAAGAAACAGCACCAACUCUAGCUACGCCGACGUCGUAAAGCGACAAAUUCAAGCGCAUAACAAUAUAGCCCGCAAAACUCAACCAGUUAAGAAAGCACCACAACCAGAAGAUCCUGAGAAAAAAGAAGAUCAACAACAACAGCAGCAACCAACGAAGCCAAUAUCGAUAAGAGAUCACCUCACCGCAGAACCAAAAACAUCAGUUCCCGUGCUGGAAUCUGAUUCCCCCCCAAGGAAGAGAACCACUUCACAGCCAACCCCUCCCGUGACGGUCGAAAAUGUGGAAGAUAAAAAUCUACACACAGUUGACGACAACUGCACAAUAUUGACCCGUGCACGGGCCGCUCGUAUGCAAACCUAUCCUCACUCCUCUACCCUUCCCAAAUCCUGA